AUGAGAUCCCAAAUCUUGCGAUUCACUCUGCCUUCAGAGAAUACCAUCUCGGUUGGUACUUUUGACGAGUUGCGGGCGGCUGGCGCCCUGAGCCAGUACUUUGGCUCCUCCUUCUCGAUGCGCAAGGCAAUACCAAAGCCGAGACACGAGAUCACCUUGAUCAUUCACACGCCGGUGCUGGACGAUACGAUCCGCAAAUCGGUGUACAAGUCGAACGCGGACUGCUACAAGAUGCUGGGCUUCGUCGGCGGCGACUGGGGAUUCGCAACCAACACGACACUGGUUCAAGGCGAUACAACAGCCGGUGCGGCCUCAACAAGUUUGCCGCCAGAGGACCAGUUGCUCUCCGUCUUCGUGCUCGGGUGGGAGAGCAUCGAGUUACACGAGGAUGCUACCAAGACGGCGCUGUUCGCCGAGGAGCUCGGCAAACUCGGUCCACAUAUUGACGAAAGCAGUGGCGCGUGGUAUGUGACUCUUCGCAACCACAAAUCAUAA